AUGGAGGGUGGUAGUAGUUUGAAGAUUGGUAGUUCAUCCAUUGGGAGGGUGGAAAAUGAUGCGGAGAUCUUUUCAAACUUUUUCCACAGAGAGGAUGAUGAAGAGGCUCUCAAAUGGGCUGCCAUUCAGAAACUUCCCACUGUUUCACGUUUGAGGAAGGCUUUGCUCACUUCAUCCGAAGGGGAAGUGAAUGAGAUUGAUGUGCACAAACUUGGGUUGCAAGAAAGGAGAGCUUUACUUGAAAGACUGGUGAGAACUGCUGAAGAGGACAAUGAGAAGUUUUUGCUCAAGCUCAGGAAUCGUAUUGAUAGAGUUGGAAUUGAACUUCCUACUAUAGAGGUUCGGUUUGAGAACUUGAACGUCGAAGCUGAAGUUCAUGCAGGAACUAGAGCUUUGCCUACCUUCACUAACUUCAUGGUUAAUAUAGUGGAGGGCCUGGUGAACUCUCUCCAUAUACUUCCAAGUAGAAGAAAAACUAUAAAUAUUCUACGGAAUGUUAGUGGAAUAAUAAAGCCUGGCAGAAUGACAUUGCUUUUAGGCCCUCCAAGUUCUGGAAAAACCACAUUCUUGUUGGCCCUGGCUAACAAACUUGAUCCUAAACUGAAGUUUUCUGGAAAGGUGACGUAUAAUGGUCAUGGAAUGAACGAGUUUGUACCCCAAAGAACUGCUGCUUAUGUCAAUCAAAAUGAUUAUCAUAUUGCAGAGUUGACAGUCAGAGAAACCUUGGCCUUCUCAGCAAGAGUCCAAGGAAUCGGAACUCAUUAUGGUUAG